AUGUCUUAAAAAUGGAUCCAGGUGCCACGAUGGUGGAACCGCCCGUGCGUCGCUUGCCUCCCCUACAAGUUCUCCAUGGUACCCCAGCUCUUGAUCUUGACACCCCACCACCAUCCCCUGGUACCCCACAGGGAGAAUUACUACCCACCAUUGCUGCAACAGCAGCUACAGCAUCUCCAGCACCAAGGCCCCAAGCCCAUAGUACACCGUCAUGUCUACCACAUUACUCAAAGGAGGAGAUCUCACAUAGUGUCCAGAUCCUGGAGGAAUGCUUUGAGCUCUUGAAACCACAGAACAGACCAUGUCUGCGUACUCGUGGAAGGGUAUCAUCAGCAUUCAUUCACAACAAGUAUAGUGUGUCAAUAGCUCAUCAUUACUCAGAUUUGCAUGCGCUUUUGGUUCAGAGGGCACGACUGCAGCUAAUCAGAGACUGCAUGUAUAGGGCAUCGCAGUUACGGGAGUUGGUGACCAGUGUCCAAGGUUUAGUUCUGGUUGAACAGAACACCUUAAAAUCCCUGGAGAAUUGUGAGUGUUCAGACCCAUCCACAAAAUUAGAAUACUUGCCAAGUCUAUGUGAACACUUACGGACACAGCUCAAUGAUUGGUCUUCGAUUCAGCAUCAGCUUCAUUCUGACAAAUGGCUGCAAUUGCUUCUCCCGCAACUCCGUUCAGACCUUACAAAUAUGAGCAACACGCUAUAUUACUGGAGAGACUGCGUUUUGUUGUGGUUGCAUAGGUUAAUAUACACAGGUAUUCGGGUGCUAGCAUUCAACCAUGCAAGUUCAAUGUCACAGGAACUCUUGUUUAAUGUGGGACGCGGAAUGGAGGAGUUCAAUAGACUACUAGCAAGACCUACUGUUCUAUUGGAACGUUUCUUGUUCUUAUCAGAAGCAUCAGACUCGACAACAAAAGAUAGCCCUUUCUUGAACAGAGAUGGUGCUGUACUCUCCUGUAUACCCUACACGUGCAAUCGUCUACUGACCAUCUUGGCAAAGGAAAGGUCACGUCCAGUCGCAAUUAGAACUCUAAAUUUCCUAACGGCCAACUCUAAGUUGCUUUGUGCUGUCAAAACACCAGGUUUCACAUUUGACUGGCAAGAAUACUUUGAAAGCUUAUCUGAAGGUAGUUCAGAUGAGACGGAUAGUGAGACAGCAUCAGUAUCCUUCACAUCAAGUAGUACUGUUUUAAGUGCAAUGUUGGAUCUCAAAGACCACAAAGCUUUGGACCUAUCAGGGAGGACUUCUCCUCUCUGCCAUGUUGAAAUGUAUGAGGAGGAAUUCAUUUUGAAACUUCUUGGAGCAGUUGCAACAUCAACCAAUCUACUGCAGAGGCAAGUGGUCAAGACCACAAGGGACAAACCCGCCGCAGUGGACACCAGCUGGAAGUCAAAGACAUCAGGGCCUUCAUCAUCUAGCAGUGGAAGUGGUCUUAAAUCCCGGGACACGUCCCAUCGGAAGUCAGUCCGAUGGGGCGAUUCCCUGACCCAGGGUACCCGACAACAGCUCUGUGGACUCUAUUUUGAGCAGCUGUGGCAGGAGUUUGGGGCUAACCUUGGAAAUGGACUUCAACAGAUUCUGUGGAAGUCCAAUGGCUUGGAUCAUGUUGAUGAAGUCUUGGGUCAUAUAUUGCAGGUGGAUGACCUUGCAGCCUUAACUAUAGUUUGGGUCAUGGAGUCGUCUUGUACCAAAGAACAAAAGAAUCGUUUGUCACAAGGUGCCCUGAAGGCGUUGCACAGCCUUGCAACGUCCCUUCAACUCAGGACUGUACUAGCUGUAUGGGACAGAGGUAUGUGUGAAGUGUUAGCGUCGAUGCGUUCCGAUAAGUGUUUAAUCUCGCACCUGGAAUCUGGUCAAAUGGAGAGCAAGACUUGUCAGCUAUUCCAACGUUCCAUCGUUCCUCUUCUAUGUUUUCUAAAGACGAUAGAGCAACAUUUGGUUCCCUCUGGUCCUGGGCAUCCAAAAGGUAGGUGAAAUUAUAGGGUUGUACAUGUAUAUAAAAUGACCCUGAGCCACUCAACCCCCCCCCCUCCGAAAAACAAAAACAAGCAAUGACGGAAAUUAGUUCUAUGUUCAGGCUUUAAACUUUGUUUUUAUGUUUCAUUGCAAAUGUUGGGUCUUUUUUAAAGAUAACGUAUUGCUUGCUCAAAAUGAUGACAAAUAUUUUUCUUUACACAAAAAAUGAAAAAAAAAAAAUACUGGAUAUGCUUAUCUUACUAUUUGUAAAGAAAGAAUAUCACCACUCUUGGAGUGAUGACUUUUUUCCUGCGCUUGUUAUUUGUUUAAGAGAGAGAAAAAAUUAAAUUUUUUAGAUAGUACUGUUUAUUUCUUGUCACUUUUAACCUCUGUUAAGUUGUAUGGCUUCCGCAGCAUUCCUCCAACUGAAUCAGCCCAUAUUACAUAAAAUAUAGGUUCAUGCCCCCCAUCCUGCAGCUAGCAAGGUUGAAUGUAUGAACAAAAAUAAAAAGAAACAUUCUAUAUUAAUGAUAAUUAUGUUCUGCACAGUAAUAGCCUAGUGAGAGGAAAUUGAUGACUAGCUAUUUUUAACUAGUGAUCAUACUAUAAAUGAGAACUAUGGCCGCCGUGUCUUUAGUAACGAAGAUGAUACUAGUGCACAAGAGAUCAGGUGGGGGGGGGGGAAUCUUUGCAAAACAUAUCUAAUCAUAACAUACUAGUGAUCUUGCAUAUUUUAGGGUUAUGAUAUAACUUGGGAAAAAGUAUGUUCAACAUUUUUUUAGUGUAUUUGUAUCAUUGUGUGGGUCAUGAAUGUGAGUGAACGUUUUAAAUGGCACUAAAACUUAAAUAUAUGUAUGGCAUAUAAGCAUAUAUUAAAAGCAAGAAGAACAUUUUCAACAACAAAAAAUAUCGAACUCUCCCUCAAAUUAUCUUUAAAAGCUAAUCCCAGAUAUUUAUGGUAGGUACAGGGAAGCUUCUCUUUUAGAUUUGUCGGCCAUUUAAAACAAAAAGAUAUUGGCCUCCUUCAGAGAACGUUGCCUAGCGACUUUUGAGCCUGAUGGUCACAUAAUAAGGAAUCUUGUCUGAAUAAUCUAUGCAAUGUAUAAGAAGAGUGAACACAUGCAUUAACAAUAUUGGAGUUCUACUUGUAUGCGUCAAACUAGAAAAUGUCACAUACACGGUUGAUGGACAGGUUCUUAUUCACUGCUCAAAUGUACGUGUACGUAGACAAGGCAGGAAACUUUUGGUUUUUACGUUCAAAUCCCUGAUCAAAAUCAUGCAUGAUAUUGUGUCAUAGUUUGUUUUGUUUGUCAUAUUUAGGCUGCAUUCAAGUCAUUGGGUCAGAUGCAUAAAAAGUAGCUAUUGCUUUUGCUAGGCUUUUGCAUGAUUCUGUAUGCGUAGAAAUAAUUUGCUAGUAUUAAGCCAUCUCUAACUGACUAUUAGCACUUCCUUGACGAUUAAGCUAUUGCUAAAAAGCAUAUGCAUAAAGCGAACAUUUUACUUGCGCGUUAUAACACUUGCUUGGGUUUUUCAAGCUCCAUCAGAGCAGCAUGAGCGUUUGCUUGAUCAGGGCGUUUGCGUUUUUUAAUCAUGUUUAUGCACCUGAGAGAAAAUCCCAAGGUGUAUAGUAGCCUACAUGUACAUGUUUUCUUCCUAGUUAGUUUGACACCACGUCUAAGGAAAGGAUGUUAUAUGAAAGAAGCGGCAAUUUGCACUGCCACACAUUUUGCUUUAAAAGGUCCUGCCUUUUCUGUGAGUCAUGUUCGCACCAGCGUCACGUUGCUAUUGUUCAAACCACUAGCAAUUGUUUUCUGAAGGCAAGAAAAGGGUUCAAGUACUAGCAAAGGGUUAUGCAUACGAAAUAAAGCAAUUGCUGAGGCAUGGUCUUUUGCUUGGCUAGCAACUGCUUGUGCUUGAAGCAAUUGCUACUUUUUAUGCAUCUGACCCAAUAUCAUUUUUUAUGCAAUGUUUGAUAAGAGUCUAUGGUCGCAGACUAAUCCAUGUUAACAUAUUUGCAGCAGAAAGUCAUGUUCAGUGUACAUUGUUCGUACUUGAGUGCGCAAACAGCUAAUUGUUGGGAGCCGUGGGACUAUUUGAGGUAUUUUCCUUAAUCAUGGAAGUAGAUUUUCAUCUUAUUAGAGAGUUUACUAAUCUAAUUGACUGGCCCAGAUUUGAGAUGAGGAGGGGAAUGCUUCCUGGUUUUAAUCAAGCCUGAAUAGACUGAGCUGAUCUCUCUGCACUGUUUUUGGUCGAGGGAGACAAAAGGGUAUAUAAAAGAAAUUAGAGCAGUAUGAAUGAGUAAUGGGAGAGGGAUGUGGAGAGGAGAGUAGAUGGAUGGAUGGAUGGAGAGGAUGGAAGAUAGGGGAAGGAGGAAGAAACAGGAUGGAGAAUGGGAGAGAGAGGGGGGGGGGGGGAGAAAGGAAAGAGAGAGAUUGGUGCAUAGGGCAAGAGUAAGUGGAGAGAGGGGGGGGGGGGGGUAGAGACUAGAGUGGGGAAGGUGAGGGAGAGGUGGUCAAAGUCAGAGAGAGGAAAGGAGAGAGAUCUGGAAGAGAGAAGAGAAGAGAGGGCAAGAAUGUGUGAAGAGAGAGGUAAAGAGAGGAAGGAGGGACAAGGGGAAAGAGGGAGAGAUAAGAGAUAAGAUGGAAAGAAGGUGAGAGAAAUGAACACAAAAUAAGGGAAAGAAUGGGGAGGGGGCAUAGUGUGAGUCUACACACUCAAAUAUAAUAAAGUCAAUGAAGAGAGCAAAAAAUAAAGAGAGAAAGAUAGAUUGUAAUUCAGUAAAGAGAGAUCGAGC